GUCGUUAACUUUCUCAAGAAGUGUAAUCAAUUAGCUACUGCAUUCUGUUGAAGAGUAUAUUUGAAAUAAAUCAUGCGCAUCUGAAACAGGCAGCAAUACGGCCAACUUCUUUUCGGGGUCCUUCUAAGGUGUCUUGAAUGCAUGUGGCGCGAUGUGGAUACCGGAGGCCAAAAUAGUUUGACAGCCGGUGAGCUGAAGUCGAUUUUAUCGCAGAAACAAGUUAUUUUCAGACAAGCAACAUGUUUUUUUCAGCGACACACUGCUGCUUUAUUCGCAAGGUUAUCUGGUGGAGAGCUGCCGCUAGCAUUGCCUGGUCUGUCCUGUUGUUGCCGCCCACCACAGCAGUUUUUGUGAUGCUCAGCAAGUUCAGUUUUCUUCACCCCAUCCAGACAAUUACAGACUGCCUGGCUCUGCUGACGAGUGCCAGUUCAGUUUUCUCCUUUAUACUGCUUGGUGGAGUUGUCAUCAUGGUCGGGUUCUUGACUUUGGAGUAUUAUACCGUUAUCCCGACUAUUGCCUGCUCUAAAAUUGCAUUGUUGGGUCAGCUGCUCCAACCUCGCCAGGUUGUCAACUCCUUUGCCCACUGUCUGAUGGGAAUGAUUGUAGGCUGGUGUUGCGCAGUCGCCGUGGGUCACAGAUAUGAGACGCUCGGGUACCCUGGUAAAAGUAGUGAUGGUCAUCCUCGGAUGUGCCUCAAUGAAUACCACCUCGUGUUUUUGCUGGCAGGAGCAUUUGUCGGGUUCUCUCACAGUCUGCUGGGAGUGAUCCAUAACAUAAAUUAUGUCUCCUUUCACACUGUUCAGCAAUACAAAUACCUCCACUUUAAGGGCUCCCUGCCGUUAGUGGUGAAGUGCAGCAGCAUUCAAGCAUUUUACGCUGUCAGGAACUUCAUUGUUGUGUAUUUCUUUCUGGGCUAUAUUCCAAAAACAUGGAUCUGCAAAACUCUGAAUCUUCAUUUGGACAGCUCUGUCCAUUCACUCGAUAGCAUAGCUGGAGUCGUGGACCUCUCCCUUCUCUACCACCUCUGGAUCAGCGCCACCUUCCUCCUCUUCACCUGGUACAUCACAUUGCUGCUCUUUAGGAUCUUUGUCACAGAGGUGUACAGUUUUCCUGUGCAAUUAACUUUUACUGAAGAUUCCCACCAGUGUCUUCCCAAAGUCCUUACAGACAAUCAGCCAAUGAUCUUGAAGUUUUUAGCCCUUCAGGACUUGGCUCUGUUGUCCAAACAUUCUCCAUCAAGACGCAGGGAAGUCUUCAGUCUCAGCCAGCCAGGUGGACAUCCUCACAACUGGAAUACUGUGAGUAAAGAGUGUUUGGCUCUGCUGACUGAUCUGACGCAGAGACUUGCAACUUAUCAUGAAACUGUAGCAACUAAUGGGAGGGCCAAAUCUCUGUCAAGUGGGAGUGAAAGGAAAACUUCAUCUGAAACAUCAGUAACCUCCAGUACAGAAGACCUGAUGAGUCCAAGACCUGCUUUCCCAAUGAAGACUCCAGCUUCUGUUUUUGCCCGCUCCAUCGCCGGAGGUCCGCAUAGCCCCCUGACGGCACCCUUUACGCCCGACCUGGACAGCCCUUUCGCUUCGCCCGCCCUGCGGCGGCUCACCACUCCAAUGGAUCAGUGCUCGCCGUGGUACGGCUCAGUGCAGAGCCCGCACAUCAUGAGGAGGGCGCCCAAACUCUGGUCCACCUCCACAGAGUCACAGGUCAACGGCAGCCCACCUCCCUCUCCAGCCUCGGUUCCCAGUCCCAAACAAGAAGCCGCCAAACCAAGUUUUCUGGCCCAGUUUCUUCAAAACAGAAAAGAACAGGUUAAAAGUUUCAUGGCAAAGCGGGUGCUGAUCAUGUAUUUGUUAAACAAGCUUCCAGAAGCCUCUAGUCAGGCUCUCUUCGCGGACAGCCAGGCUCACAUCUGGGCGCUAGAAGCGCUGUCUUACCUUGUUCAGGCCUCCUUCACAGAGGACCAGUAUGGGGUUGUUCAGACUACAUUACCCAGCAUUCUCAGCUCUAUGCUGCACUUACAAGAGGCUGUGGAUCGACACUUUAAGCUGCCUCAUGCUUCCAGUAAGCCCCUCAGGUCCACCAACAGCAUGGAGGACUUCACCUACAAAACACUGCGUUUUGCUCUCAGAGCCACACUCAAGACUGCCAUUUACAGGAUAACCACCACCUUUGGAAAUCAUUUAAAAGCUGUCCAGAUGUCUGCAGAGCACCGAAAAAGACUGCAGCAGUUUUUGGAGUUCAAGGAAUAAAACCGUGGCCUCUGUUUUCUGCUCAUAUUGGUGUGAUUUAUGCUUGUUUUGAACACGUAGAGUAAAAAGAAGAAACCAGUGAAAGCAUGAUAGUGCCUCCUUUAGUAUUUUCUCUGCAGUUGUUAUCGAUCGUAACGGACAUGUUUCCCAAACCCCACAUGCUGGAGAUGCGAACAAAAACAACCUGCAAAGAAUGGACUACAAUAGCCUUUGUACAGUCAUUCAAAAAAAAAAAAAAAAAAUGUUGUAAAGGCCAAAAACCCAUGAUUUUCUGUGUUUGCAUUUGUAUAAGACCGUCUUUGCCAAAGUUCCUCCUGUGUUCACCUUUCAGCUGCGUCUUUUUGUGGUAUGGGUGAAACAGCACGACUGUUGACAGAAGCUGUUUUGAAAAGAGAUGUCAAAGUUAUAUUGUCUAAAAUCUGUUUUUAGGUCUGAUUUAUGAGUGUCCUUCCAGUUGUCUGCAUCUUCUCAGCUAACACAGAUCGGGUCUUUGGGUUUAUACAUGAGUAACAUGGGUUUGUGUAGGAUUUCUGUGUUGGAUGAGGAUGUCCUGUCAGCACAAGCACAGAUUUGUUGCAGCUCUUUGUGUGUGUUUGUCUCUGCCAUGAGUUUGAUUUUCCAUUCGGACUCGAAUAAAAAUAAAACUAAGAUUUA